GUUGAAGAUAAUGUCCAGUACAAUAUAUAGGUCAGCAGUAAGGAAAAAUUCCUGAAAUGAAGGAAAUUUCUAGGAAAUUAGGUUAUUAGAAGGAAUUCUAAUAUAAUUGGAGGAAUUACGAGGAAAGUAAGUCAUGAGUCUUGCUGAUAAACUCCAAGCCAAGAAACAGGAUUUGAAACAGGUUUCUACUGUCAUUACCAAUGUGGAUGGUAAAAAGGUGAAUUUGGGAAGUUCGCUUGAUAAUCAUACAACUGAUGGAUAUAGCAACUGCUAUUUUUUGUUCAUGAGAUUCAUGAGAUUGUCCAGGCUAGUGGUCCAGUAUUGCUACAGGAGGAUGAUGGAGUUGAAAAGCUCUUGAAAUGGAAAGCUUUUAAAUUAUAACGGUGAUAGCUUGCGUGGCAGGCCCUCAUUCUGCCCCGCUUCAAAUUAGCCCCCCCCCCUCCCCGUAAAAUUGAGGGUCUGCCAUGCAGGCUACAACUGCAUAAAGGGUACCUAUAUAAUGUACUAACCAUGCUUGUAUUGUACCAGCAGCACAGAUGUAAUGACGUCACAUUGCUCUUGAAUGGUUAAUGUCACCAACGCUGAUCAAAAUUACUUUACAGUUUUUAAAGCACAAUUUGACACAAGGUGACGAGGGCCUAGUCAGCGUUGGUCAAGCUCAUGGCUUCUGUGUCGACACAAGCCCAGAUGAUAAAAUCCACCAUGUUGUCGACAAUCUGUAUAUUUCUUCCCAAGAUGGAGCUCAUAAUCUUCACGGAUUGAGAGAUCAUAAGAUUACUCAUAUAUUAAAUGUUGCUACAGGAGUGGUCAAUGCUUUCCCAGAGGCAAGCUCAAACUUCACUAUAUAUUAAAUCUUUGAAGUUGGAAAUUUUCAACAUCAAAAUUUUUUUCCGACAUAAAAUUUGUGUCUGCCAAUCACAUUUUACAAAAUUUUCUUUCUGUGGAAAUUUUCCUGAGUGGAGAUGGGCCUUUAAGUAGGCAACUCUGGUGCUCUAGGAAAAUUGGUUCUUAUUCAAUCAUAUUGCCCUGAGGUCAGGCCCGAGGUCAAAGGCACUUCUCACAUCUUAGAUAGCUAGGAUCCAAUCAGGGAUUGUGAAAGGCCACAAAUCCCUUUUUGGCCCAGAAGCUUUGUAAAUUAAUUCUAAUAUGAAUUAUGAACAAAUACCCUUUUGUUCUGAUUUAUGAAAGCAAGACUCCCAGGCUAAGGAAGUGUAAACAGGUAUUCAUGGGGUGUUUUUUUUUAGGAUUUUGAAUAUAAAACCGUGGAAAUUCUGGAUCUACCAGAAGAAAACAUAACUGUUCAUUUUCCAGAGUUGUUCAAUUUUAUAAAUAAGGGAUUGGCAGAUGGAGGCACGCUUGUUCAUUGGUAAGGACACCAGCAACUUAUGCUAAUUAUCUGGACAUGAAAUUUCCAUUUUCAGCAACGUUUUAAAAGAACCUUAUCGCAUACCUAAUUCCCCUAAUUCUAUAUGUCAUCAGUCUAUGUCACUGCACAGUACCAUGAGAUCCUGUACCCCAGUAUAUGCUUAUAUAUAUAAGCACCCUGAUCUUGCACAAGAUUCAUGCACACGCUUGCUUGUCUGCCAAUUGUUUCUAGUCACGGUAUGGCACACGUUUUCCUAGUAGCAAAAUCCGAAUUCCACAUUGGAUUUUUCUGAUUUAAUUAAUACCCCUGAAUGCCUUAAUUUGUAACUUAAUUUGCUAAUUCAAGGACACUUCUCCAUAUUUUUUUCAGCAAUGCAGGGAUAUCAAGAUCUUCAACAGUAGUAAUAGCGUUUCUAAUGCGUAAUAAGAAGCUAUGUUUACAGAAAGCUUUCCGUCUUGUUAAACAAGCACGACCCUCUGCUAAACCAAAUGAUGGCUUUUGGAGACAACUUGUGGAGUACGAUCUAGUAGUGGGAGGCGAAUAAAAAUAGUUUGGACACAUUCCCUCGAGAACAUUUCAUCCUAAUUAGCAUAUAUGAUACUGGGUUUCACUAAGUUGUACUGUGCAACUUAUGGAUUAACUUCCUGACCUCCCUUCCAUCACACGUGUGAAUUUGUGAACACUGAAUGAAUUAAAUUAUUUAUUUAUUUUGUACAGCAAAAUGACUAGAAAUCCAUCAUAAUGGCAACUAAAUUAAGAGUUGAUGAAGCCCUGAUUGUCUAAAGAACAUAUUUUACAAGCAUCAUUUACAAGCAUCUUCUUCUUCAAUCAUCUCUUCAUUACAAACAAUUAACUUCCUUCCCAAAUGUUGAGGCCCUGUUAGGGGACUUUCCAAAUAAUCCAUAAUUCUGAGUAAAUUUUGAAAAUAAUCUCUAAACAAAGAUAUCCCCCAAAUUAAAAUGGAUCAAUAAUCCUAAAAUUCCCCAGGUGUUAACAAUCAAUAAUCCUGCUAUUUAAACAUAAAUAAUCUGUAUCCGUUCUCUAAAAUUCCCAGGACCUCACUUAACCCUUUCUUAAUUUCUAUCCUUAUUGUUUUAUUUACAAUUACCAGUCUACUGAUCUACAAUAACACCUACUUCCUUAAUUCCCACAUUUUGACUAUUUUUUUGAAGUGAUUAGUGGCCUUUGCAUUGUGCAAACCUCACAAAGAUCAAUAUUGUAAUUGCUCUGAACAACAUUAAACACUUUUUCCAGGUGUUAAUUCAUCAAACUAGUUUGAUCUGCACAAAGUUAGAACACUGUCCAAAAUUCAUUUUAAGGUUGUUCUGGGCUCUUAGCUAUCAAAACUCGUUCUCAUCAUGGAUAAUAAAAUAAAUGGAUUGGAAACUUCUGACGUCAUUGACUGCAUCCUUGUUGAAAAACGUGACGUCACGCGUAUUGCGAAUGUUACCAAAGUUCUCGGCAUAUUUGUUGUUUUGCUAUAUUUUCCACUUUAAAAGGGUGAUCUUGAAGCGUAAACUGGUCUAAUUGUUUUAAAAACGUGCCUAAUCCACGACAAAGUAUUCAAGGUAAAUGUUUUUCGUCUUUGUUUUGUAUUUUUUUACAUUUGUAGCUACGAAAUUGGCGUCACAAAUUUUAACGAAAUAUUUGCUAAAAUUGACUGGGAAUACUUAGAGUUAUCAUCGUAGAAUGGCGUGGUUAUAUUUAUUUGCUCUUUGACUAAAAUGUUUAGCUGUAUUAUUGCUAAACAUGCCGUUUUUGAGAAUUUGAUUUUCAACUAGGUUGAGGCAUCCAACCAUGCCAUCAAUCACAGUAAAAACAUUAGGUCACGUCAGCUAGUUUCCUAUCCAUUUAUUUUAUUAUCCAUGUUCUCAUUGAUCAACAUUGUGAGAAGCUGUUAAGAACAUUCACAAAGAUGAAUAUAAUCAUUGCUCCAAGGAAUGAUCCAGAUUGCAAAGCGAUUCCUGCCCAUCGCAGAUGACGCUCUCCUUGUUUUUGCAUCCACGUUGAGAUUGCAACCUUUGUGUAGGUAACUAUAGCAACACUUAACACAUUCAUGAUUAC